GGAAAAUCGACUCUUCACCUCCCAUUGAUUGAUUCCUUGAGUUCAAUCGACGAACAAAUCCCUAAUUUUCCAGUCAGAAAAUCGAAACUUGGGGGGGGGGGGGGGGGGGGGGGGGGGGGGGGGGGAUCUUACCCGAGUACGUUGCUAAUGGAUGAUUCCGACUUAUCUUCGUCGAUUUUGCCUCGCUCGCCGCUAAUUCCCGACCCUGUCGAAACCGUAGACGAGUCGUCUUCUUCACCAGUCGCGUCGAUGAGGGCCGAUGCUGCUCAGUCACUGGCUCUUUCGUCGCCAAAUCGAGAUCAUGAUGACCCCCCGUCAACGGAUUCCUCAAUUGCGCCUCGAAAUUUAGACGGGUCCCCCUCUGCUCCGGUGAACGAAACCCUGAUUGUGCAUUCUCCGGUAGGUUUUGAGCGCGGUGAUGAGUGCAAUGGUGAUGCUCAAUCCAUGGUGACAGAGUCUCAGAUUCCGCCUUUAAUCCACUGCGAGAGCAAUUACCCGUGGUCGCAAGCUCCAGAGGAAAUCGACGAUUCAUUCUUUGACAUGUGUUCGUCGUCUUCGGAGAAUCGCCAACAAUGGACGCCCAAUGUUUCCCCUGGGCAUGACACUGAUGAUGAAUUAACAAUGGGAUUUUUGACGCAGCCCUUGUUGAGAUUGAAGGAAGAACCUCCGAAGAUCGUCGAGCCCAGUGGUGUUGGUGCUGGACUUUUGAAUCUAGGCAACAGUUGUUUCGUUAACUCGGUGUUGCAGUGUUUCACUCACACUGUGCCGCUUAUCGAGUGCCUUUAUACAUACAAACCUCAAGAUCCUUGUAACUGUGGCAAUGAAGGAUUCUGUGUUAUAAAGGCUCUUCAAAGUCACAUCGAGGCUGCUCUGACUACUUCAAGAUUUUCAAUAUCUCCUUUUUAUUUUCUCAACAAUCUCAAUUAUUUCUCUCCUCACUUCCAGCGUUACCAACAAGAAGAUGCGCAUGAAUUCCUACAGGCAUUCUUGGAUAAGUUGAAGAUAUGUUGCUUGGAUCGAACAGGUGAUCAAGAUGCUAACCUUGUUCAGCAUGUCUUUGGUGGUCGUCUCGUGAGCGCGCUUCGUUGCUGCAACUGCAACUCUGUUUCUGAUACAUUUGAGAACUCUCUUGGUUUGAGUUUGGAGAUUGAAGAUGUGGAAGAUCUUUGGAGCGCACUAUAUUCUUUUACCUGUCUAGAAAAGCUUGAAGAGCAAAUGACGUGUGAUAACUGUAAGGAAAAAGUCUCAAAGGAGAAGCAACUCUUGCUCGAUCAGCUUCCAAUGGUUGCCACAUUCCAUCUGAAGAGAUUCAAGAACAAUGGGGUUUUUAUGGAGAAGAUCUUCAAGCAUGUCGAGUUCCCAUUGGAGUUAGACUUGAGGCCAUAUAUGAGAAAUAACCAGGAUAACGAAGUCAACACCAAAUAUCAUCUUUAUGCUCUUGUGAAUCAUUUUGGGUCAUUAGCUUACGGUCAUUACUACUCCUAUGUGAGGUCAGCACCAACGAUAUGGCACAGAUUUGAUGACAAGCAGGUCACUAGAAUCGAUGAAGGUAAUGUGAUACCAUGGGAUUCAUAUAUUCUUUUCUACGCUAGAGAAGGGACUCCAUGGUUUUCUAGAGCUUUGGAAGAAAUUCAGCCAUUGCUUGAACCUGGCAAGUACUCUUCGCCAAAGUCUGUCCUUGAUCCCAGCCACGGGGAGUGUUUAUCUGAAAUCAGUAAUGAGAAACCCUGCGACUCAGCGGGAGUAUCUGACCUACAUGUAAAGACAGAAGAAAACUUUGUCUCCCUCUCCAAUGAGUCAAACGAAGCUGUGUUUCAGUCGGUAGAGUCUAGUGGCGAGGAUUCUCCCAUGAUAGACAUUUUGGACCCGCGUGAUCCUGCAGAUGAAUAUGAUUCUUGUAUUCCUCCAUAUCUUGAGCCCUCUCUCAAAAAAGAACUAGAUUCCUGUUUAGCCGCUGGUGAUGAUGCUUUUGUGUCUCUGCUCAUGUCUGAACAAACUGUCCAAAUUGAACUUGAGCAACUGGAAAACACAAAGAGCCAAGAGGAAGAAGAUCCGUGCAAGCAGACAUUACUAUUAAGCGACAUUGCAGAUUCUAAGGAAACAGAAACUGUUCAUAUGAAGAAACCUUUACCUCACGGUAGAGAGUUGGACCAGGCCGUAUCUCAAACUGGUUCUCCACCCAAAAAACUAAAAACAGUUUGAAAAUGUGUUGCAUCUGGAUACAAAGUUUUGGUGAUGAUGACUUUGGUUAGACUAAAUCAGGCUAAGUCGUUUUUGUUUCUGUGCAUAACUAGUAGUUGCAGCUGGUACUUUUGGUUAACUCGACUUGACUUGGCUUUUAAUAAUAAUAAUAAAAUAAAAACUUUAGAUUCUGUCAAUGGCUUUUGUUUUUUUCUUUCCGACGAUUUAUACCGCUUUGUUUUUUUUC